AUACGGGCUCACCUUCUUGGCUUCUUCUACACAAAAUCUCCGACUCUCGGAUCAGUAAAGACGCUUUCCUGAGAUUUUGCACAGCGUCGGACAAUGGCGUCACCGGCAGCAGUUCGGAGAAGCGGUGGCGGCCUUCUCGAAGGCCUUUACAGGGUCAUCAUGCGCCGGAACUCUGUCUACGUCACCUUCGUCGUCGCCGGCGCUUUUGUCGGCGAAAGGGUGGUUGACUAUGGGAUUAAGAAGCUCUGGGAGCAAAACAACAUUGGGAAGCGAUACGAGGAUAUUCCAGUUUUGGGACAAAGGCCAUCUGAAUAAUCUGGCAUCAACACUAAUAAUCAUUCCGAUUGCAGGUUUUUUUUAAAAAAUGAUUUUAAUUAUUAUAUUGGCUCUGAGACUUCUUUGUGUAGAUUCUUUGUAAUGUUUGAAUUCCCAUGCAUAGAUAAUAAAAUAUGAUCUUGUGAUUGUGGGCAAACAUGGGACUAUAUAAUUAACAUGCCCUCCUUUGAAUGAUUCAAUAUAAACUCAUCUUUAGAGAGCAUUUGAACUCAAGACUCAUUUACUCUGCAUUUG